AUGGGAGGUCUCGCAUUCGCCAACGUCCCAACUGAGUCCGGAAGACCUGUUCAGACUCCCCGUCUACCAACAGCAUUGUACCAGACCCUCUCUGGGCAUUAUCAACGCCUUCUAGAGACGCUAUUCGAACGCGUUGUUGUUCCACGCGAUGCCCCAGCCAAAGCAGACCAUGGGGAUAUUGACUUCCUGGUAGAGGGCAUUCGACCACCGAACACAAAGGACAGGAUAUGGUCUGUAAUACAGGGCACCCUCCAAGCUGAUCAUCAUCUUCCGCGUGGUGGAUCGUCUUCCUACGCGGUACCACAUCCCGAGUUACCAGAUGCACAUGUACAAGUUGACGUCGAACUCUCUGUUGGAAAUGAAACCCCAGAAAGCGCCGAGCUCUUCGAAUGGACACGCUUCAUGAAAGGCGACUCUGAUCUCUUGCAGAUUGUUGGUGUCUCUCAUCGUCCGCUGGGCCUUACCUGCAACGAUCGGGGCUUGCACGUACGGAUAGCAGAGAUUGAGCCAUACAACAAGAAGAAAGCCUUGCUGUUCCUGACACGAGAUCCAGACAAGAUGAUCAAGUUCUAUGGCAUGGAUGUCGCAAAAUACUGGGACGGCUUCACGGAUGAGAAGGAUCUCUUCGAUUGGGCCACCAGCGGUAGGUUCUUUUCACAUAGGGUCUUCGAAGAUCGUAUCGAGAAGCACAACGACCGCGCCCGCCAAGCCAAGCGACCCAUGUAUCAGCGCUUCGUUGAGGAUUAUAUGCCUUUACAUUCAGAUAGAGGGGCUGCGAACGAGUGGACCAGGCAGCAAGUACUGCAAGAGGCUCUCAUGUUGUUCGAAAAGAGGGAAGAGUACGAAGCCAUGCUGUUAGAGCAUGACCUCAAGACUACAGAAGAAGAGCUCUGGAAGGAUAUCAAAGUGGCGGUGCCCAUACAAAGCAACUCUCUGGCUGUCGUUUUGAAAGGCCUGAAGCGAUGGGUCGUAUUCGAAGAUGACCAGCCGCGCAUAUCACCCAAGCCCAACCUCGAUGAGCCUCUAAUUUGGUCAAAGUUUGUUACAGCUGACAACAAAAACGCUGUUCUGGAGUGGGUGAGACAGAAUUGGGAACAAGUCAAGUGUGCAGAGAAGGCGCGCGCAAAUGCCGCGAAGGAAUCGGCCAAGAGGACAUCGUGA